AUGGAACCGUCGCUGACGUCGUAUCAUGACGCUAAAAAUUACCCUCGAAAUGUAGCUGAUCGCACACUUACCCCUUUCGCCUUGGACGCCAUUAGCCACCAAUUGAACACGCAAGCGCCUCGAUUGUUCGCCGAGGAGGCCCAAGCAGCGUUGGAUUCUUUGGAUUUGGCUAAGGGCGCAAAAGAUUUUUGGCCGACUCGUAUCAAAAGUACUGAGCGCUUGAGAGAGCAUCUGGGGAUCCUCCCAUUCCGGAACCCAAACAAUCACCAAUGCAGGUUUCUCUUCAUACAUGCAGCCCAUUCGAGGGACAAGCUGAAGAUCUCACGAGAAAUGCUCAUGCUGUGCUUCACACACUUUCAGGUUAUGCCUGAAUUUGUUGAAUUUCUAUUUCCGUUUGGCUUUCAGUCCUACGCACAAGACUUUUACUUCAGUGGCUUUCGUCAGAGAACACAAUUGGCUGAGCGUCGGCGGAAUAAUGCUCCUGCUCCUAACGCUCGGCCUGUAGACAAGAGAUAUCAAAUCUGCUGCAAUUUGAAGUCGGUCGAGCCAUCAGAUUCCGACGGCUGGUCCAUUCGCCAUUGCGCUGUCCAUCAUUCAUUUGACAUGAACGAGGUGCGGACAAGUUGGAUCAUCGUCAAAGGUGAUGAGCAAAUGAAACAACGUAUAGAAUCAGCGAUCAGCGAUCGGGGCCGUCAUGAACCGUCGGACUUCGAGUCAUUGGGGCGAGCCUUCGAGACAUCGUUGGAGACCCACUUGAUCUUCUGCGACUGGUCAGCCGAGAACUGGCGAUGGUACAUCAAUUCCCUCGAGGAAAAAUUCCAAAGCAUGACACGAAGGACUUUCUCGGCGCCUGUUUAUGUGCCAUUUGUUCCUGCGGCAGCCACGGACCAGUUUACACUAAAUCCGCGUACCAAUACUGACAUAUCUAAAUAUUCUAUGUUCUCGCGGACGCGGACAAAUCUGACCGAAAAGAGGUCCCUCAAACCGGCCAUGAAGCAACGACUUUCCGCUCCUCAGACGUACGAGAAUCCAGAUACUGGCAUUUCACAGCCCUUGCCUCCAGAUGAGGACGAUGAUGAUGAUGACGGCGACAAGGAGCCAGAGAGUCCGCUCAAACCGAACGACGUCAAAGCUGAGGACGAAACCCGCGACUUUUCCUUUGGCAAGUUGCGGAAAGUUCACAAUGUUGCAGAAAAGGCCAACGAGGCUGUCUUGGUGUUGAAGCAAAAUAUCAUUGUUCUUACUCAAUUGAAACGAUACUACAGAUCGAUCUCAAGCCGGAAGGAUUUCCCAAAAGACCGGGUAGAGAACUGCGAGGACGCGAUUGAUGGUUUCGAGCUCCGUAUCGGGGGACUCGAGAAUGACAUGCAGACGCAGAUCCUGAGGCUCGAGACACUGCUGCGUCUCCUUGAAGACCGUAAGACUUUGCUUCACAGUAUUCUCGACUACCAGAACACUCAAGCGAACAAAUACUCAACGAAGAGCAUGUUCACGAUGACCGAAGACAUGAAUGACAUCGCCCGCAAAACGAAGGUCGAAACCGUCUCAAUGAAGGUCAUCACCCUUGUGACUCUGUUCUUCUUGCCUGGAACUUUUAUAUCUACACUCAUGAGCACCGAAAUCUUCCAAUCAGACUAUACCGGGCGCGGGAUGCCGAAUCCCUACGCCAAUCUCAAUCCCGUACAAAUUUACCUCGCCCUGAGCUUGCCGCUUACCGUCGUCACCCUUCUCUUCUGGGCUGGCUUCCACUUCUGGGAGAUGCGUCAUGAGAAGCAGAAGAAGAAGCACCAUAAAGCUGCUGGUUGGCAAGUCUGA